AAAGUCACGUGCUUGCUUGUUGUUCCCUCUUCGCUCGCUCGCUUGCUUCGCCUUGCACUUUCCACUUCUGACACGGCAGAGCCCUGCGAUGAACCUCGCGCAGCUAUCCCUUUAUUCAGCAAUCCUAUUGGACUUACAAGCUGCACCUGACUACAGGGGUCCUUUUCAGCUACUGACGCCUCCCCGCACGAGAAAUCCCGCAAAGAUGUUGCUGCUCAAGUUGUCAAUGAUGACAAUCGAUCGUCGUCCCGACUCAUGGAUCAGAGGAGAAACCGCCUCGCUGAUACCGUCACAACGCACAACAAGGCCAAGGUGUCCCCUUCAUAGUCAAGAUGGCGCCUCGCUGGUUUGAGAAAGUCGAAUCCAAGGCCAAAAGGCUGUUGCAGGUCGCUCCCCAAGAAUCCGUCUCGGCUCCUUCACCAACAUCUUCGCCGACAGCGUCUCAGCCUGCAUCUGAACCAACAACUCAACCAACAUUUCAGCCAACGCCUUCUCCACCCACCUCGACCGAUUCCGAAACCUCGCCGCUGCCGAGUCUACAAGAGCAACUUUGGAAUCAGGCCUACGACGAGCUCAAAGCGAGCGAGCCCAAAUUAGUCGAAGCGUACGAGAAGAUCCUAUCAGUUGGACUUCACCGAAACGACCCGAGCUCUGUUACUUGCGAAUCAACGGAAAACGAGAUAGAGGGGGCUCGUGAGACAAGAUGCCGCCAAAUGCAGCAGCUGGUCAAGGCUGGACUGGACCGGACGCAGAAGCAAGCGUCCAUCAAACAAGGAAUCAAUGAAGGCUUGCAAGCAGUGCAAGUCGUAAGGGGGAUAGUAGAUAAGGCGGUACAGGCCGCACCGGAAGCCGCUAUCGCCUGGGUCGGCGUCUGCCUUGGACUAGAGGUCUUUUCGAACCCCGUCACCGAGGCACGCGACAACCGCGAAGGUAUCGCCUACGUCCUGUCGAGAAUGGAGUGGUACUGGAACCUGGUGUCCCUGCUUCUCGACGAGAACAAGGCCGAACAAUCAUCCGCAGGACUACGAGUCCAACUAGAGAAGCACAUCGUGCAGCUCUACGAGAAGCUCCUCGCGUAUCAGAUCAAGAGUGUCUGUCUUUACCACCGGAACUGGGCUGCCGUCAUCGGAAGGGAUCUGCUCAAAAUCGACGACUGGGCUGGCCAGCUCAGCGGGAUCAAGGAAGCCGAGGCUGCCGUGCAAAGAGACAUGGAACAAUACAAUACCGAAGAGAGCAAGACACAAUUUCGGAAACUCACCGAUACCGCAACUGCUCUAGAGGAGAAUCUCCAAGACAUCCAUUCAGCCAUCCAGGACCAGACACGGCAGCAGGAGAAGAGACACCAGGACGACAGGGAGAAGCAAUGCCUGAAAGACCUGCGCGAGACUGACCCCCGCGACGACAAGACGCGCAUCCAAGAGACAAAGGGCGGCCUGCUCAGGGACUCUUACCGCUGGAUCCUCGACAAUGACGACUUCCGGCGGUGGCGUGAUGAUCCGCAAAGCCAGCUACUCUGGAUCAAAGGCGAUCCUGGCAAGGGCAAGACAAUGCUGCUGUGCGGCAUCAUCGAUGAGCUAGGGAAGGAACCCGACAAACACCUGUCCUACUUCUUCUGCCAGGCCACCGAGACACGACUGAGCAAUGCGACGGCCGUGCUGCGCGGUCUGAUCUACCUUCUCGUCGACCAACAGCCGUCGCUCAUCUCGCAUGUUCGGGAGAAGCACGAUCAUGCGGGUAAGCAGCUUUUUGAGGAUGGGAAUGCCUGGGAAGCCUUAUCUAAGAUCCUCACGGCCAUGCUUAAUGACCCGAGCGUGGAUGGUGCGAUCCUGAUUGUUGAUGCCCUCGACGAAUGCAAGACAAAUCGCCAUCAGCUUCUCGACUUCAUCACUAAACCGUCCCGCGUCAAGUGGAUCGUCUCUAGCCGUAACUGGCCAGACAUUGAGGAGAAACUGGACAAUGCAAAGCAGAAAGUCAGGCUGCGCCUUGAGUUGAACAAGGACUCAAUCUCCAAGGCUGUCAAUACCUACAUCGGACACAAGGUGAAUCGACUGGCAGGUCUUAAGAAAUACGACAAGGAAACAAGGGACGCUGUUCAACGUCACUUGGUUGGCAAUGCCGAUGGCACCUUUCUCUGGGUGGCCUUGGUCUGUCAAGAGCUAGCAGAUCCCAAGGUCCGAAAACGGCAUACGCCCGACACAUUGAAGUCAUUCCCCCCAGGUCUUGAUCCUCUCUAUAAGCGAAUGGUGGAACAUAUCAGCGAUUCGAAAGAUGCAGAUCGUUGCAAAGAGAUCCUCGCUCUUGCUUCGGUCGUAUACCGACCCAUCACCCUAGACGAGUUAAAGGCUCUUGCCCAGUCGCUCGAAGAUCUCGACCAGGAUGAGUUGGAAGAAAUCAUCGGUUCCUGUGGUUCUUUUCUGACUCUUCGAAACGGCAUCAUCUACUUUGUGCAUCAAUCAGCCAAGGAUUUCCUACUCAGCAAGGCAUCUGACCAAAUUCUUCCUUCAGGCGCCGCGCACCAGCACCAUGCCAUCUUCUCGAGGUCGCUGGCGGCUUUCUCGCAGACUCUCGAACGUGACGUUUACGAACUGGGUUUCCCAGGAUUUCCCAUCGAUCAGGUCUCGCCGCCCGACCCUGACCCAUUGGCUUCGAUACGAUAUUCCUGUGUCUUCUGGGUUGACCAUCUCCACGACUCGGAUUCUACAGAGAUCAACAGUAUCCUACGGGAUAACGACGAUGUCGAUGGAUUCAUCCGAGAAAAGUACCUUUAUUGGCUAGAAUCUCUUAGCCUCUUGCGCAGCAUGUCAGAGGGAGUAAAGGCGGUACACAAGCUCGAGGGUUUAGUGGUGAGUUGCUCUAGGCAUAUACUAGAAGUGGUCUGACAAUUAUAUAGAGAAACGUGGGAGCGCAGCAACUAACAAAACUACUUCAAGACGCGCGCCGUUUCAUCCUUUCCAAUAGACGGCCAAUCGAGAUUGCUCCAUUGCAGGCCUAUGCGUCCGCACUCGUAUUCAGUCCCAAACAUAGUCUUAUUAGAGAGCUCUAUAAGAUAGAAGAGCCGGAUUGGAUGGCAUUGAAGCCAAGAAUCGAAGCGGAUUGGAGCGCGUGCGUGCAGACGCUCGAGGGCCAUGGCGAUCGGGUGAACUCGGUGGUGUUCACGGCGGACGGCCAGUAUCUCGCGUCGGGCUCGGCCGAUAGGACAGUUAA